CUUGUUUCAAGAAUCUCAUCAUCUCAACUCUCCAUCUCAUAAAGUCUCCCAAAAAAGCCAGAGGAGGAGAAGCAUUGUAUUAUUAGAGUUCUUGAGAUCCACCAACCGCCACUUUCUCCUCCUCUUUUUAAUGGCUCAACCAGCAUCAUUACUAUUUUGUUUCCUUUUAACAUUUGAGCUAUUAACAACAGGAGUAAUUUCAACGACUUUCACUCUGCUGAACAAGUGCGAGUACACAGUAUGGCCAGGCAUUCUCUCAAACGCCGGCGUUUCGCCGCUUCCCACAACCGGCUUUGUUCUCCAGAAGGGCGAGUCCAAGACCCUCACUGCCCCAUCCGGCUGGGCAGGCCGUUUCUGGGGUAGGACCCACUGCACCACCGACCCCACCACCGGCAAAUUCUCCUGCGUCACAGGGGAUUGCGGCUCCGGGAAGCUUGAAUGCUCCGGCAAUGGCGCAACGCCGCCCGCCACGCUGGCGGAGAUCACGCUCAACGGCCACGGCGGCCUCGAUUUCUUCGACGUCAGCCUCGUCGACGGCUACAACAUCCCCAUGCUGUUCGCUCCCCAGGGCGGUAGCGGCCAGAACUGUACCAGCACUGGCUGCGUGGUCGACCUCAACGGCGCGUGUCCGUCGGAGCUUAAGGUGACGGCGGUGGACGGCGGAGAAGGUGUCGCUUGCAGGAGCGCGUGCGAGGCUUUCAGGGAGCCGCAGUACUGUUGCAGCGGCGCGUACGGCUCACCUGACACCUGCAAGCCGUCUUCGUACUCGCAGAUAUUCAAGAACGCGUGCCCACGCGCCUACAGCUAUGCAUACGACGAUAAGUCCAGCACUUUCACUUGCUCGGCUGUCAGUAGCUACACGAUCACCUUCUGCCCUUCGCCAAACACCAGCCAAAAAGCAUCACAGGACGGACAAAACUCAAACACCUACUCACCCCACAUCAACAGCACAAUGGUGUACGAAGGCGCCCUCGAUGAAAGCAGCGGAUCACCGUCCUCGUGUCCCCACAUGUUGUUCGGCCUGAUCAGCCUCGCUGUGGCGAUUUGCCAGCUAUGGCAGCUUUUCUUCUAACUUCUCCGCUAACUUGCUACUCCCAUUGGUGUAGGCCCAAAUGUGGCCCACAGUCUAACUCUAGGCCCAGUAAGUUGGGUUUCAUAAGGCGUGGGCCCCGCAGUUCUUUUGUUGUUUCCUCACGUGGGGUCAAGUUGGGGGAAGUGUGGACCCAUGUUGUGGGCCUGCCUGACGUGGAUUCUAGUCAUGAUUGAAAAAGCUCACCGCACCGGUCAAUUAAUGGCUCGAAGUCCCUUUCCGGUUUUUGAAAUCCGAUUUAAAUCCAAUUAACAAGUUGUUCGGAGACUCAUGGGAGAUGAGCUGUUAGGUUUUUAGAAAAUAGGAUUUCUUUAAAAGAUAGGUUAAAAAUAGUUAUAUCUAAUUCUUUUUUCUUUAUAGAUAGAUAUAUAAAG